GGGGGAAACAUUCUCCCACUUGGAUUAACACUUUGCGAGACCCCCCACCCCGCAAAGGAAUAUGGCUCAUUUUCGCGCCAGCUGUGAGGAUCUGUAAGCAGGUGGAAUUCCUUUACCUCCUCCUCUUCCUCCCAUCCCACUCUGGAGCCCCAACCCGGACGCCCCCUUACCACCUCACCUCCCCACCCCAUACCUCCCUUUUCCCGGAGAGGACACAGGUGUGAUCGCAUGGCCGCUGAGGUCUGACGGACAAUCCCCUCACUCCCCCACCCCGACUCCCCCCUGAUUCCCAAGUCACCUUGGAGGUCCUCGACCCCACACCUGCGACCCCAACCCCCUCCUCUUCCUGAAGGGGAGAUUCCGGCUGGCACAGUGCGCCCUCCCCCCCUUACUUGACCCCCUCCCCCCCAAAUCAAAAACGAGACUCUCCAAAAUGUGCCGGUUGACCGCGCUCAGCAUCUACUUAUGGGAGACGCUCGUCUUCUUCAGCCUGGCAGCAUCCAAGGAAGCGGCAGCCCGAAAAGCCGCCUCGCCGAUGCCGCCGUCCGAGUUCCUGGACAAGCUGAUGGGAAAAGUGUCGGGCUACGACGCCAGGAUCAGACCCAACUUUAAAGACCCCAAAGGCUCCAAAAAUGAAGCUACUCACAAGAAAGGUCCUCCUGUCAACGUCACCUGUAACAUCUUCAUCAACAGCUUUGGCUCCAUCGCUGAGACGACCAUGGACUACAGAGUGAACAUCUUCUUGAGGCAGCAGUGGAACGACCCGCGCCUGGCGUACAGCGAAUACCCAGACGAUUCUCUGGACUUGGACCCGUCCAUGUUGGACUCGAUCUGGAAGCCUGACUUGUUCUUUGCCAACGAGAAGGGAGCCAACUUCCACGAGGUCACCACUGAUAACAAGCUGCUGCGCAUCUCCAAAAACGGAAAUGUGCUCUACAGCAUACGCAUAACACUGGUGCUGGCCUGUCCCAUGGAUCUGAAGAACUUCCCGAUGGAUGUGCAAACGUGCAUUAUGCAGCUGGAAAGCUUUGGCUACACGAUGAACGACCUGAUCUUUGAGUGGGACGAGAAAGGUGCCGUGCAGGUGGCGGACGGCCUGACGCUGCCUCAGUUCAUCCUCAAGGAGGAAAAAGACCUCAGAUACUGCACCAAACACUACAACACUGGCAAGUUCACGUGCAUCGAGGCCCGCUUCCAUCUGGAGCGUCAGAUGGGUUACUACCUGAUCCAGAUGUACAUCCCGUCGCUCCUCAUCGUCAUCCUGUCCUGGGUGUCCUUCUGGAUCAACAUGGACGCUGCCCCUGCCCGAGUGGGCCUGGGCAUCACCACCGUGCUCACCAUGACCACCCAGAGUUCGGGAUCCAGGGCCUCCCUGCCCAAGGUGUCAUACGUGAAGGCCAUCGACAUCUGGAUGGCUGUGUGUCUGCUCUUCGUCUUCUCGGCGCUGCUGGAGUACGCCGCCGUCAACUUCAUCGCUCGCCAGCACAAAGAACUCCUUCGCUUCCGCCGGCGGCGACGGCACAUGAAGGAGGAUGACGGCGGCGGCGACGGUCGCUUCAGCUUCCCAGGUUCGGGUUACGGCGUGGGCCCAGCGUGCCUGCAGAAGGACGGCAUGGCGGCCAUCAAAGGCAACAACAACAAUGCGCCGGGAGGAGGGGCGGGGCACGCGGUGGGGGCGGUGCCCGAGAAGAGCAUCGAGGAAAUGAAGAAACUUUUCAUCAGCCGCGCCAAACGCAUCGACACGGUGUCGCGCGUGGCCUUCCCCCUCGUCUUCCUCAUCUUCAACAUCUUCUACUGGAUCAUCUACAAGAUCAUUCGGAGCGAAGACAUACACAAACAAUGAACGCAACCGCGACCUUCUUCUCUUGCUCCUCUUCAUCGCUAUCGUGCUUCUCCACCUUCUUUGUCCUCAUCCUUUUUUUCAUCCUGCCUCUUCUUCUUCAGCAGUUGCUCUUCCUUUUUCCCACCGCUUCAUCCGCCUCUUCCUUCGACACAUCCUUGUCAUCUUCUCUGCCUCCCUCUUCAUUUCUUCCUCCUUCAGUAUCUCCUCUUCAAGAUCGUGCACAACAGACAUCGAGUCAACUCCUCCUCUUCAUCCUCCCUUUUCUCCUUCUCUUCCUCCAGACAGGAAGUGAAUGGCUGCAUGACAAAAGAACUAGAAAAAAAAAUCUAUUGAGCAGAAGAGGCCACGCCUACUGAAUCUUAUAGGUGGAGUCACAUGUGUAGAGGGGGUGGGGCCACCGUACAAGCAUCACAAACUCAAGCUCCUCCCCCUGAUGGGACACGACCAGUAUAUUUAUGAACUUUUUGUUUUGUUGCUAAUAUGCUAGCACGCUAACACCUUCACAAAGCCCC